AUGGAUAGUUUCGAUACGGAAGCUUUUAUAUGUGAAGUUCAGGCGACACCAGCAAUUUGGGACACAUCAUCCGUGGAUUAUUCGAACCGCGAACGGAAAAAAACGUGCUUGGCGUUGCGGAAGAGGUGGAAGAAUCUCAGAGGCUCUUUUGCGCGUGAGCUACAACGCAGGAAAUCCUUAAAGUCAGGGUCGGGUGCCACAAGGAAGAGCCAAUACAUUUACUUUAACCAACUGUCGUUCCUUCGGACCGUUGUAAGCACAAGGGAAUCUACACAAGCUGAGGAUCCGGACGAAAAUGAAGAAGAAGAAGAAGCUGCAUCUCGUGCAGUUACAACUCAAAUUGCAAGUAUCAUUGCAUAA